AUUAGUGGUGUUCUGCAGAGGUAACCUGGUUGAUGUCCCCAUUAGUGCUACACCAAGACCACUGUUGUCCAAUGAGUAUCCAGUGACAGGUACUCUGAAGACAAUGUGAUCCAAGGUUUCCUACUGUGCUCCACAAGGAGUGUUGUGCUAGCGAUGACAUUAUUUGAACUUCCGAGUUGAGCAUGGCAUGAGUGAGUGCGAGUGAGUGUGGCUCCCGAUUUUUAUUGAAAAUCUACCUGUUUAUCUUUGCUGUAUGCUCGAGAUAUCUGAAUAUUUAACAUUGUGAACAACCCGGGAUGUUGCUGGACACUGAAAUGGCAAAUAAAAUGUACCUUCAAAGUAAAAUUGGGGAAAAAGAUAGCGAAGCCUCGAGCAAGAAAGUUGAUGUUAUAGUAAUGGCGCCGUUGCACACUGCUCAACCUGGACCUGUGCUAUCCGAUGACUUGGAGAGGCCUUGUUUAGUACUUAUUACUGACAUGACGCAAGCGGUGCAUUCUGCCCUAAAACGGGAACUUGAAGAUGCUUUGUCACCAGUGAAUGCUACCAUGGAACAAAUUAUGUCUUCUUACGAGUCGCACGACGAACGCAUUCGUGAGGUUGAAGAUGGCCUGAAUGAUUACAGUGACCGACUGGUGAGCACUGAAGCUACCAUUGCAGUGUUGCAGAGCGAAAACGCAUUUCUGAAGGGAAAGCUGGAUGACCUCGAAAAUCAGUCACGGAGAUCCAAUUUGAGAGUGGUCGGCAUUCCUGAAAAUUUGGAAGGUUCGGACCCUGUUAAAUUUAUGACCGAGUUUUUUGACAAAGUGCUGGGGACAAGUUUUUUUUCCCAAGGCCUCUCGUACUUUCGCGUGCUCACCGAGUCGGACGUAAACCAUCCGGUGUCCCUGGAGCCAAGCAAACGAGACCAAGAACGUUCCUGGUUCUCUUUCACUUCUUUCAAGAUAAGCAAUGCAUCAUCAAUAGACGGAAGCAGGAGCUGUAUUUCCGCGGACAUCACAUGUUUUUUCAUGAAGGUUUUAGUGCGGAGCUGGGGAAAAAACGAGCAGCUCUCAAGGAGGUGAAAUCCCUGCUUUACAGGAAAGGGAUCAGGUUCGGCCUCUUGUAUCCUGCCCGGCUCUGGGUCAUGCAUGAAGGUAAAAAGCAUUAUUUCGAUACACCAGAGGCGGCCAAAGAGUUUUACCAUUCGCACUGGGGAGAAGAAGAAUGAGAAGAGCAAUAACUUUUUUUUAAGGUUAUUCAUGCAGCAUUGAAGGGGCCUCCUGCUGAGGCAAACUGUUAAUUUUCGCAAUCCACUUCUUCAUUUUUUCCAGUUUAAUUUGUGGAACGCGAUCGGGUCGAACUGCUAUGCUGCGGAAUCUGAUUAACAAAAACUUUCAACCAGCUAUAUGUAAAUAUUUGGGAUUUGUAUCUCGGGUGUUUAGUUUCCUAGUUUCUUUUUGUUUUUAAUGCUUUGCUUGACCUGUGUUAUCUUUAGUCUAUAUAUAUUAAAGGUAGAAUAAGUGAUGUAUAAAUUUUAAGGAGGGGAGCCACUCUAGAUUAGAUUGAAAGUUUGGUUGU